AUAUCUUUAUUCCUGUGGCGCCCUAAGAGCAGACAUCAGACAGCCACAUGUUGGUUGCUAUGGCUAUGAGUAGGUAGCUUCGUCUUCUUAGCCACAGUAUCAUCACAUACACACACUGCCUCACAACGCUUCUUAUAGGACACAGGAUAUUGUGGUAAAUUUAUAAUGUCUGCAAGAAAAAAAAGAACAAAAACUAAUCCAAAACUUGUCAUUUGUCAAGAGCAAGAGAAUUAUGACUUACAAAGUUCUAAGUCAAGAAGUGAUAUGGAAACCUACAAUGACGAAGCAAAAAUAAUGAAACGUUAUGAUUUUAAAGAAGAAUUUGAAUUUUCCUUGGCUGAUAUAAAGAACUGGGAGAGUUUUGUGCAAUUUAUGUACAGACCAAUGGAUCCUGCAUCUCUUGGUUUAAUAAGAAUAAUGUUUGGUUUCAUGAUGAUUUUAGAUGUUCCAGAAGAGAGAGGCUUGGCAGAUGCAGACAUCAACUGGGGAGAUCCAGAUGAGUGUCGAUUUCCUUUGUUUGAUUUUCUUCAGCCUCUGCCCCUGCAGUGGAUGUGUAUUGUGUACCUCGUAAUGUGGAUAGGAGCAUUUGGCAUCAUGCUUGGACUAUUUUACCAUGUAAGCUGCCUUGCAUUUGUAAUUCCUUACUGGUAUGUCUUUUUAUUGGACAAAUCAUCCUGGAAUAACCAUUCAUACUUAUAUGGAGUAUUAUCGAUAUUGCUAUUAGGCUCACAAGCUAAUCGAUAUGGGUCCCUUGAUAUUCUUAUUGGGAAGGUAAAAAGAAAUAGCUCUGUACCGCUAUGGAAUUACUUUAUUCUACGAUUUCAGAUUUUCGUAUUAUAUUUCUUUGCUGGAUUGAAAAAGCUGGAUAAAGACUGGCUGCAAGGAUAUUCAAUGCGAAACCUCGGUAAUCACUGGAUAUUUGAGCCAUUUCAAAUUAUACUGACAUCAGAACAGGUGGAUUUUUGGAUAAUUCACUUAAAUGGCUUUGCUCUUGACUUCAGUAUUGGAUUUUUCCUGCUUUACAACAAAACACGACCAUAUGCUUUAUGUGUUUUAGGUUUGUUUCAUGCCAUGAAUUCACAACUAUUUACCAUUGGAAUGUUCCCUUAUGUUUGCUUGGUAACAAUGCCAAUAUUCUGUGAUACAAACUGGCCACGUAAAAUACUCAAAAUAUUCUCACUAUCACGAUCAAGUGUUAAGGAUACUAAUCAAGAUAAGAAAUGUACUCCACCACUGCCUACAGAGGGUAGUACAACUGAACAAAUGGUUAAGAAAUUUAAAGAAGUUCCUACCCAAACAUUACAAAUUGGCUGGAAGCACAACCUGGUUGCGUUCCUGCUCAUCAGCCAUAUUGGCCUGCAAGCUUUUCUACCAUACUCUCACUUCAUUACCAAGGGAUACAACAACUGGACUAGCGGUCUGUAUGGAUAUUCCUGGGACAUGAUGGUUCACACAUGGGAUACCGUGCUGGCAGUUGUCAGAGUUGUGGAUCACGAAACAAGGCACGAACAUUUCAUAGAUCCAGAGGCAUGGGUCCAGUCAAAUCGAUGGGAGAAGCACGCAGAUAUGGUAAUCCAGUAUACUCAAUGCCUCAGAAGAAACUUACUUAAAGGAGCAAGCACAAAUAAAUAUAGACUUAGUAGCAACAUCUCAAUCCAUGUUGAUGUGUGGUGCUCAUUAAAUGGUCGUUUCCAGCAGCGCAUGUAUGAUCCCAGAGUUGAUUUAUUGACUGCUGAGUGGUCACCAAUUAAGGAAGUGUCAUGGGUGAUGCCAUUGCUGACUGAAUUUAGCUCUUGGCGAGAAAAGAUUACAACACUAGAGAAGGAAGUUUAUUCGUGGUCGGAGUACAGUGAUGUGAUAUUUGUAGCUGACUUUCCAGAUCUGACACUUGAAAACUACAUAAGUGAAGAUCUUACUAAUAUAACGCUGACAGUUUUAGAAGGUGAUGUAGUUGUUGAAAUAGAUAAUUACACUGUUAAACCAAGAAGAAAGAAAAGACUAAGUAUAUCAAGGCAUAGAAUUACAAAGGAUGAAUCUGUUGGUAUUCCAGCCAAAGUAUUUCACAGGGUUCACACAGUAUCUAAAACUCCAGCUUGUUACAUGUAUUCCUACGUCAAUCACACAAAACAACUGCAAGAGGAAAAUGACACUGAAAAUCCCCAGACCACGGAAGUUGGUAAGAAGAAUAAUAGACUGUUGAACAAGUUAGUGAUUCGAUUGAAAAACAUGGCAAGAGCAAUUGGACUAGUCGUCAACGCAAUUCUCAAUAUACUGUAUUCUGUCCCAAUGAUAAAGAGAGUUCGAAUAGUACAAUGAUGUAUUUAUUUAAUUUAAUGAAGUUUGUAAAACAGUUUAUGAAGAUUUGAAGCAAAAGCUGCUUUAGAAAGAACACUAAGAUAAAAUACAUAAAUUUAAUAGAUAAAAGGCAGAUGAGAAUUUAAAAUCUUGUGUUGUUCUGCUACCAUUAUUACACAGGACAUUUGAGUUGUAGUGAUGCUGUCUUCAUGAUGUUUGUGUUAUCGUUUGCAUUCAUUCGUCAAAUGUAUGUGAUAAGCAGGACGGUUGUUUGAACGUUCAGCUUUAAGAUUUUUAAGCUAUUUGUUGAUGUUAACUUGAAAUACAGAUGUUUAGAUUUUUUGAAGAGUUGUACAAAGGAAUACAUCAAUAUUGACCAGAAAUUACAACAUUUUCCCUUAUGAGUUAAACUCAACAAGGGCAAGGGGUCAGGUCUCGGAGGUACUGGCAGAAGGAUGGUACCAAACAUCAUCAACAUUAUUUGCCCAUGUUCUAUCUCCCACACGUCUUAAUCAAAUGGAUAAAAUUUGGAAAGGAGGAAACAAUAAAAGUUGACUAUUAAAUAAUGAGAAGAAAAUGGUCCAUAGGAAUUCAUAGUUAUCUUUUUAUUUCAUUAAUCUUAGAAGUAAGGAAGUAAGGAAUGCUUCAAGAUUUUUAAAGCUACUUGCAUUUAAAAAAAUCCUGGAAAAAUAUGAAUAACUGUAUUUUCAUUUGAAAUAUGAGUUGUUAAAAUUUAUUAUACAAUGAACUUGGUAUUAAGAAAAAUGUAUUACUUGCAUAUCUAUAUAAUAAAUUAAGCUUUUCUGCAACAUUGAGCAAUCAGAGAUAAAAAAUGCAAAGAACAGGUAUGGAUAAACAGUAUAUAAUUUGA